UUAAAACACGCGAGUAGUUAAAGCAGCAGCGACUGAACUAUCUUGUUUAUUCGUGUCUAGAUAAUCUGUCAUCACAAUAACGGUAAAGUUACAGCUUACAGCCUCUAAUCGUCAUUUGUCAAUGAAACCAAAGUAGAACACAAAGGAAGAUGAAGAUAUUCAACGUCAAGUGUAGAGAGACAUCUUUAGCGGCUGGAUGGAAGUAAACGGCAGCAUAACCCUCUCCCUCCAUGAUGAAAACAGUGAGUGUAACUACAUGCUCGCUUCUCUUAUAAACCUGCCUUGUCCGAAGAAACGUUUGUAACGAACGUCUCCGACAGCGGUUAACUACCGGUCCAGUCCGAUAGAUACUCGGGUCUUUACGUAAAUCCGAUGAGACGCGAAGUAUAAACUCGUCCCACCACUGCACCAUAACUGUACGGAAGCCCCACCAUUGGUUCCAACCGUCCAUCCGCCGGGCACGGAGGCGGGGGCGAGCGGUUGAAUGACGGCCGUAGUUGUGUUGACACUUAGGAGCCGAGACAGCCUCCGGGACCGACACGGGCCUACCUAUUUCACAUUUAAACCGUGUAGAGAUAGCAGAUGAAAGAGGAGGAGCGCCUGAUCGUUUCUUUUGCCACCGCGGGAUGCUGCGAACCGUGUGCGGACUGCGUAACGGGACGAAACGGUGUCGGGGUUGAGCGGACGUUUUCACAGGUUGAUGAGCCGCAUUUGGCACCGAGCAGGGAAAGAAGCCAACAUAAGUAAAUACAUGGUGUUAGUCUCUAUAGGCUGUUCCUGGAAAUACGGACUCGCAUUGAAAGGAGAAAUAGGCGGUGCCUGCUAAUUCCUGGAAAAAGACAGACCUCCGACCAGAAUGACAAAUUUAACGUCUGCAGGUUGGAGUUCAUUCGCUGAAGUUGACGCUCAGACCUGGUCAACAAGCAGCGCGUAAGGAUCCCACAGUAACCUCACCAACAGACCAGACAGCAUGGGGAUCAACGGCUUAGACAAUCAAGCGCAGCCGUCCAGCGGAGAGUGCCGGACGGAGCAGCCGGCUGCAGAUCCCCAGAUGGAGCCGAGAGAUGCUCCCCAAGAAGCAGACAGGGGCAAGGAUGAUCAGGCGGCGGGCAGCGAGUGCAGAAUCGUGCAGGAAGACAGCACCAUGCAGCUGAUCGAGGCCGGGUGCAAACCGCCCCUCUCCACGGCUUCUGAUUCCGAGGCGGGGGUCCAAGUGGAGAGGCACGGCCACGGAGCCGGAUUCGUGCCACCCGAAGGAGGUUACGGCUGGCUGGUGGUCCUUGCUGCAACCUGGUGCAACGGGUCGAUCUUCGGGAUUCAAAACUCUUUCGGCAUCCUGCAUACGAUGCUGGUGAAGGAUCACGCUGAUGUAAACGACAAGACGUCUCAGUUCAAAGUGGCUUGGGUCGGGGCCCUUGCCAUGGGCAUGAUCUUCUUUUGUUCACCUGUGGUCAGCAUGUUCACAGACCGCUUUGGCUGUAGGAAGACAGCUGUCAGCGGAGCACUGUUGGCUUUUAUAGGGUUGCUCAGUUCAUCCUUUGCAAACUCCCUCUCCCUUCGUUAUUUCACAUAUGGCAUACUAUUUGGCUGUGGCUCGUCCUUUGCCUUCCAGCCCUCAUUGGUCAUCCUCGGCCACUACUUCCGCCAGCGUCUUGGCCUGGCCAACGGCAUGGUGACAGCCGGUGCCAGCCUGUUCUCCAUGGGCCUCCCAGUUUUCCUCAACAAGGUGGUGGAACCUCUGGGCCUCAGCAGAACCUUCCAGAUCCUCAGCAUCUUCAUGCUGGUCCAGGCCGUGCUGGCGCUGACGUUCAAGCCUCUACUGCCUGCUGGAGGAGGCAUGGGACCACCGGGCAUGGGUCCGGGCCCUGCUGAGCCGCAAAUCCAGCCAGGGGCUACAGCUGAGGGAGGCAGCAUGUGGAGCAGGGUUCUGCCUGGGCUUAGGAAAUACUUCAACCUGCGUGUGUUUCACAUCGUGACAUACCGGGUGUGGGCGUUUGGAGUAGCCACAGCUGUAUUGGGCUACUUUGUGCCAUAUGUCCAUCUGAUUAACUUUGUGAAGGAGCAGUUCAAGGAGACCGAGAAGGACUGGGUGCUCCUGGUGUGCAUAGGAGCUUCAUCUGGGGUUGGACGCCUUGCUUUUGGCAAGAUUGGAGACCUCAUUCCAGGUGUUCAAAAGAUCUACAUGCAGGUGGUGUCCUUCAUUGCCCUGGGCCUGAUGUCCAUGAUGAUUCCUCAGUGCUUGGUGUUUGAGGGCUUGGUGGUUGUGUGUGUGUUCCUGGGGCUGUGUGAUGGGUGCUUCCUCACCAUUAUGGCUCCCAUAGCAUUCGAGCUGGUUGGGCCCAUGCAGGCCUCGCAGGCCAUAGGUUACCUUCUAGGCCUCAUGGCUCUUCCCAUGACAGCAGGUCCACCCAUUGCUGGUCUCCUACAUGAUUACUUUGGGAACUACACGGUGGCCUUUUCUUUGGCUGGGGUGCCUCCUAUGGUGGGGGGCGUGGUGCUGUUCUUUGUGCCCCUGAUACACUCCAGGCUCCAGCAAAGUCCGGGAGCAGCGUCACCAGAGGAGACGUCCACAACUACCCACAUGUUGCCCACUGCUCCACCAGCGGAGGAGGUCAAGAGCUGCUCCAAUGGAGACAUCCUGCCUGGCUAUACUGACGUAGAGACACACAUCUGAGUUGCACCGUACAAAGGGAUUCAGCCCACCAGCACCUUUUCUCAUCAAUAGAUUGCCCCUCUCCCAACCAGAGCUCUCAACCAUGAACUUCCUAUUGGCUGACCUUUAACCCCUCCUGGCCCACAUUGGCUGUUUGUUAUUUUCAUGUGGAGAGAAGUUGAAAAGGGCAUUCUGGCUACAGAGAGGACAAAAAGCAAAACUUCAGGGUAGGAUGGUGGAAACGUUUAAGGAGGAUAAGCACAACACAGUCUCAACUAGGAUUGUUUUAUCAGUGGUGACUCUGUAGUAACACAUGCCUCCAAGAGGAAAGAAAUUAAGAGAUUUUAGCUGACAGUGGUAGUUACUGACUUCACAAAAUUUAUGACUAUACAUAUAUGUAUUAGCAAUCAUAAAUAUUUAGCAGAGUCAGAUUUAUGACUAAAAUGGCUGUGCUUUGUUUUUAGAUUUCACAUAAACACACUGUUAAGAUAAAGAGGCAUAUAAAAUAGAAACUAGUGAAGGGAUAAAUUCACAAUUUCUUUAUGUAGUAAAGAAAUUGUGCAUUAUGCUUUUUUCAGCAUAAUGCAGGUUUGCUUUACUCUAUUCAACCAUUUUCUGCUGUGACAGCUAUAAGAGAAACAUACGUAUCUGUUGCAAAUGUCACAGGAAGUAAAAGAGAUCAGCCACCAGACACAAUCACCUCAACUCAACCGCACACUGUACCACACUGUACUCACAGCCAGGGCCUAAAACUAAAGAAAAAUUACUUCAACUACUCUGCUAGCCUGCCUGCAUGGGAGGGGUUGUGGCAGUUGUUGAUUCCACUGAUUCAUAUGCCAUGAACCCUAGUGUGUUCGAUUUUUUAUUUUUAUUUUUUCUUCACAAUUUUAAUACAGGUCAGUAAUUUUGCAGUGCUUGGCAGGGAAACUUAUGCAGUCAAAGUUAAAAGAGGUGAGCCAUGAGAGCUGUGCAUCUCCUGCCUCAGUCACCGAAACUAAACACUACAGUUGAUACAAGGUCUUCUCAUGAGUCAGCCUUAACUUUUAGCUUUUGUGUUUUCCAAGAAACAGUUUUUAUUAGCCUUUUAAAGCUUUAGCAGGGUGCUAGACAAAUCCACAUAAACUGUGUUUGUUAUGACUUUGAGAAACAAUUAACAAAUAGUUUGGUAGUGUGCACACUGUAUACUCGUUUAAGUGGAAAAAGUUGGAAUCAUGCAGUCCUAAUGGGAGAUUCAAGGCUGUUGGUAGCGUUGAUUUUCAUCAUAUUAACAAAAGGCAUUUUUGUAUCUUUUUUUUGGGAAAAAAAAAAAAAAGCUUUUCCUGUGUGAAUGUGUGUGUGAGUGUAUGUGUGUGUAUUUGUACGGCACCUCUGCAUCUGCAUUUUGAUAGUAGAGGCAGUUAUGAAAUAUGAAACUACUAUGUUACAAUCUGUUGAUAAGAGGAGACUACUAAGAUUAAAACUGCCAAAUGGCCCAAGCCAUCAUCAGGCCGUCUCACAGAUAAACCAAUCAAUUUGCUGCUUUAGUUUGGUCUCGUCAUGAGGCCCUCACUCACUGUGUUAGAAGUAACAAAAUGUCACAGCCUCACUGAGGUAUCCCCUCAAGAGGACAGUUUGCAGUUACUGUUAGGUUUCAUAAACACCUGGACCAUGUACCUCUGCACUCUUAGAUCACAAGUUCACCUGAACAAUGGACUUUAAUGAACAGAUGUGAAGUAGAGCUGCAAUAAUUUACUGUUGGAGGAUUUGGGGUUUGAGUUACACUCUGUGGUUAUAUUCAUAACUCAGUAGCAGGGGGGGGGGCUGGUAAAAGGAAAUGGCCUAGUGUUAAGCUGGUAUUCCUUUCUAUCAAUUCCCCCCAUUGCUUUCACUGCCAUUAUUCAAUCGGUUUCAACACUUCAGGCCCUAAAAACUGCACAAACCUCACUGCUGAGUGUAGUUUCUGGGGGGUUAUACUAUAGGACAAACAGUUCUGAAUAGGAAACAUACACCUAUACCUCAAUGGUCAAUCAAUCCUCAACAGUUUAGCUGAACACGCUGACAUUCUUCAUUGACUUAAUUUCGCUGUUCUGUGUAAUGGUUUGUUGUUACAGUCAAAAUCUCAAAAACCAGAAAGCUGCCAAACGCCUGUUUUCAAUCAACCUUGCUUCCUCCAAAACCUUAUAAGUACCACAAAACUGUGGAAAUGUCAAACUUCCAUUCCCUGUGAUCCAACACUUGGUGCGUAAUCAAUUUAGAGAUUUAUCCUUCCAUCUGUUUUUUGCCUUCAAAUCCAUUCACUCUGUUGUUUUUUGUUCCUCAUCAUUCCUGUCCUCUCUUACCUCUUCCUGCAAAACUGCUUGUUGUCAUUUACUAUAGAUCCUUGUUAUCACAGCCUGUUUUCAAUGUCUGUAAUUGAAUAAUGCAGUUAUUUAAAUGUCUAAGAUUCAUACCUAAAGUUAGAUGAGACACUUAACCUUAAGCAAUGGAGACACAUAGGUCGUUAAAGAGUGUAAAGCAUGUUUGAAAGCAAAAACAUGGGCCUCUAAUUUGACCGAGGCACUGUUAAACUGUCUUGGCAGCACAGUUGUUGAUGCUAUUUGUAGCUGCUUAAGACACAAAAAAAGAUGGGGGUAAAUAAAAUAAUGGGCUGCAUGAGCUGCCCAUGUACCAGCUAAAUAAGCUAACCAAUACCAUAAUUGUAAUCACAAUUCAACUUGAUAAUAUUAUCAAUUAGUCCAUUUUGAGUUCACUUUUGAGAUUCAUCAUCUUCAAAACAUACCAGAUCACAUUAGCCUGAAUGUAAAGCUUCUGCAGAGUAAUAUGAUUAAACACUGAACCCAAUUUAAUCUGCAAAUCUUGUCACUUUCAAAUAACUAGUUUACAGUAUUUAAUUUCCAUUUUGCGUUACUUAACUAAUCAGCAUAUUCUUGCCUAAUAAACAAUGGAUAGCUGUGAAAUUUGUUGUAAAUUUUAGUAAUUUUUGUUAUGGAGGUUGCAGGAGGGGCUUUCUUGACAUGCAGAACUGCAUAAAGCUUCAGUAGUCUAAUAGCCUGAUUUUUAGUUAUCUGGACUGCAUUCACCCUCAAUCUAAAGAUGACUUCUUUACAGAAAUAAGAUAAACAAGUAACGUGGUAACUAAAGUCCAUAUUCUGCUGGUUUGCACAGCACUAACUUAAACUUCUGUUACUGCCCCAGUGAAGGUGUAGUGUUGGGUGUUACUGACAAGUUGCACUAGUUUUUGGCUGCCAAACUAGAGGCCUAUGUCACUAAAGUUUCGGAAUCUAGCAAAUGAAUGACUGAAUAACAAGUCGACAGAGGACUUUCCCUCUGGCAGCCAUUCUGGAGAACCUCAGCCUUUUAGUUAACAACAGCUGCAAAAGGCUGAUUGUGUUUCUAUGCACGAAAUGUAUUGGUCUCAAAAAGAUUUACUAGAAUUGUUUAAUUUUUGUGCUUUUUUUCUAACUGUGAACUGAUAUUUUGUUUCCAUAUGUUUGUGUUGAAUAUGUCGUCACCUUGUUAGCUAGCAGCAUACCGUCACUGUCAUUUUCUAAAACGCAUUAUUCCUUAAGAAGAGAUAAGGACUGAAAGCAAGACAUUUGAGUCACAGCAGUAUUGUCAAUUUAGAAACAAAACAAAUCUGCCUUACAGUUACUGAACAGAUACACUAGAACCAGAACUUGCUGCCAGAUUUGAGACACAGCUGCAAAGCCUAUGCAGUGAAUUUUUCAGAUCUUAAUGUGACUUCUUACAGUCAUUAUUGGUCCUGGAUCUUUCUAAACAGUCUCCUUUAUUAAAUUCACCAGAGUCUAAUCCAGAUUCUGGUUAGAACCAGAUGAGUGCUAGUUUUUAUUAGCCUACUGUAGAUAAACUGACAUGUAUCAACAUAUGUACUUUAUAUACUUUGUAAUGGUUUUUGAUUAACCAUGAACUGUUUUAUUGUUUUUAGUAACUGAUUUUUAGUAGUUUAUGUUUUAAAGAUACAAUUCAAUGACUACUGGAAAAAGAAGAACUGCUCAGUUAGUUCAGAUUUAAAAUAAUACAUAAAGGUGAAGGAGCUGAAUGCAUAAAGAAUGAUACAAUACAUCUGAAUGGUUUUAUGGUGUCUGCUGAACCAGUGUUUGACUUGCCAAAGUCUUGUCAUCUAUGCAGCAUUCUGGGGCUCACAGUCCACUUCCUGCGACCGCUUCACUUUCCGAAGUCUGAACAUGUCAAACUCCAAAUGAUGAAUGUUUAAUUGGACUUUUUGCAGUUUGCAUUUUUCUCCUGUAGUGCUCAGAGUUGUAGCCUGCAGUAGUUUCAGGAAUAGCUAAACCUACACUAGAGCCCCUUGUAUGUUACAUAAACUACAUACUACUAACAGUACUACUUGUUUUACAUAUUGUUUUUAAGACUUUAUUUUUAUAAUUAGAAUGUGUUUGAGCUGUUUUUGGACUUUUUUUUGUUUUCCUGAAAGUCAAAACGGUCAAAACUUCACAGAACUUGUUCAACUAGUGAGGUGAUAAAAUUUCAGUAGCGAACAGGUUUGAGAGUUGCGGCAUUUCACUAGUAGCGUGCACAUGAUCACUUACACACGCUCAGUAACAUUCCGCACAUCUAGUGUGACUAGUGAACUGUUUGGCUUUCACUAGUUUCACUAAAGUCAAAAGAGGCUUUAACUAGUUCACUCUUGAGCAUUUUUGCCAUCACCAGUUAACUAGUAGGCUUUUUGGCUGUCACACUAAAUUAUAGGUCAGUAGUAAGCUGGUGAGGUGAACAGGCGCUACUAGUUAAAAUGUCAGAGCUUUUGCAGCUUACUAGUUAACUAGUCAGACUUUUUCGGAUUUUGGUGCUACUAGUUCGGUGCCUGGCAUCACUAGUGAGGCUUCUGUUGGAACCUGUUAGACAAAAUUGCCGCUAGUUGCUGAAAAAGAGUGACUAGUAAGAGUUUUUGUUCAACCAAAUGUCCAACUAGUGCUGACAAUGACCAAUCUAGUGAAGAAAACUGACAUCUGAUAUCAAGGAAAUGGAAUAAAUGCUCAAGUGGCUUUGCUCGGGUUUCUUCAUGUAACGGUGCUUGCCUGUGGCAUACAGUAUGCAGGUCAGAGCAACAGAGAGGCACAGUCGCCACAUUCAGCCACACAUAAAUAAGGACAGGCUUAUAGUAAACCCUGUCUUACAGAAAGAUGAUAGGCUAGAAGGCAUGAUUCAGUUUCCUUGUUAUUACAUUCUUCCAAAACAAGUGCAAAACAGGUCACAUGAACUAAAAUCAGCUGCAUGUAUUAACAGUCUCUAAUAUAACAAUCUCAUAUUUACUUUUUUUUUUUUAAAUCAAGUUUGUAAUAUUUUAUUCCAGUACAGCUUCAUUUCACUUAGCAUUCUCUUCCAACUGAACCUGGCUACGCAGUCUCAACUCAUUAGAUUUUCCUCUGCUCUCCAAUGUGCCAUUUCACCUUUCCUCUGACCUCUAUCUUUGCUUACUGUUUAAUUGCUGUGCUUUUCCUCAGCCUGUAACCACACAAACAAACAAUAUGUGAAGAAGGAUAGCUGAAGGUCUAUAUGUUAUAAAGCUGAGACAUGACGCAAAAAGUCAACACCUCAAAGACUGGCGUGGAUCACUUCCUGCCAGAAUAUGUUUUCAAUGCUAUUGCCAGUACCAGUCAUCAUUUUCAGUUUUUGUGAAGUAACUUUUUUAUUGCUUUUGGUCUCACUUUGAAUAAUGUAUAGACCUUUAUAUGCUCCAUAUGUUCCAUAAACCUUGUAUUACUGCAUAUUUUUCAUGAUCUUGACUGUAAGCAUCAUGUUUUCACGGCCAUAAAUAUUCUAACUUUUGUAGGUGAUAUGUUCUCAUUCAUGUGUGUAUGGUCCCAGGGCAAUUCUCAGCCCAGGCCUUCCCACAGCCUUACAUAUUGAAAUAUGAGUAAUAUUUCAGUGCAGGGCUCCACUAAACUUUCCUUCUCUAACCUCCAGUAAGGUUGCUGCAGUUAAACCUCUAUUGCCUCUCUUCACUUCUUAAAGCUAUGAGCUUCUGUCCUCCCUCCACAAGCUAUACCUUUUUAUAUAAAUGCAUAUUUCUGUUUUAGUCAUUUUACGAAACGUUCUAACAAGGCCAGUGACGUUGCAAGAUCUGAAAUUAAGUCAUGCUGCUAGAAAGAUUUAUGUACUUUUUGUGUUUUUGUCAAAGUAAUUUUGAAUCUGUAUCAAAAGAGGCACACUUUUUUCUAUUAAACCAACAAUAAAGAUGUAAUAUGAAAACAA